UCAAGCACAAACUUGAAUAUCGUGUGACAUCACGCGGGCCCUUACAGCUGAGGCCCCAGAGGAUUGCUGCUGAUACUGUGGAGCCUGAGCAGUAGCUAUGGCACGCGCUUCUGUGUGGACCUGACAGCCGCCACACAUGCCUGCAUCUGCGGUUUUAAAAGGCGACUCCUUUGCCUCUAAGAAAAAUGCCUUACGGGAAACACCGUCAUUCGAUUACACUCCAGAAUUAGAGGACCAAGACUAAGCUGCAUUUUCUAUUAUAAAGUUUUGUACCCAAUCAGACUUUUUUUGCAUCGCAAACCUGCCGUCCUCGUCUCCCGAAUCGUUUCUCCGACCGUCCCGCGAGGCGCCUGCCUAUCAUGAGAUUCCGAAUUUACAAGCGAAAGGUGGUAAUACUGACUCUAGUGGUGGUCAUCUGCGGAUUCGCCGUCUGGAAUAACGGGAAACCGAAGAAGGCGAGCGCCGCAGUGUUUCCCAAAGAGGCGGAAACGGGUAAACGGAGCAGCAUUGGUGGUCAGGAACAAAUACAUGUCACGAUCCCAGUAACACGUAAAACUGUCAACGAAACUCUUCCGGAAAAACAACAGUUACAACUACAGGCAGUUCCCAAAUCUGAAGCGGACAACACAACUCUGGUGUACAGAGGGAUCGUCUUUCAACUCAACUUCGACCAGACGCUAAGAAACGAGGAGAAGUUUCGUUCCGUGCGCCAGAAGGACGACCUAGUCGUCGUCGUCCAAGUUCACAACCGUCCCGAAUACCUACGCCUCUUGGUGGACAGCUUGAGAAAAGCGGAAGGAAUCGAGAACGUCUUGCUGAUAUUCAGCCACGACUUCUGGUCGCCGGAAAUCAACCGGAUAGUCGCGUCCGUCGACUUCUGCUUGGUCCUCCAGAUAUUCUUCCCCUUCAGCAUCCAGCUCUAUCCUCAAGAGUUCCCCGGGAACGACCCCAGAGACUGCCCUCGGGACAUUCCCAAGAAAGAUGCCUUAACCCUAGGCUGCUUAAACGCAGAGUACCCGGACUCCUUCGGACACUAUCGGGAAGCCAAGUUCUCGCAGACCAAACACCAUUGGUGGUGGAAGCUCCACUUCGUUUGGGAUCGAGUCCGAGUCUUGAAAGAGCACCGAGGACUCUUAUUGCUCAUCGAGGAGGACCACUACCUCGUCCCCGACUUCUACCAUCUACUCAAACAAAUGGUGUCCCUCAAGAAAGAGCAGUGUCCCGACUGCGACAUCUUGUCUCUGGGAAGCUACGGACACGUCGGCUACUCCAGCAAAGCCAACAAAGUAGAGGUGAAAGCAUGGAAGUCCACCGAGCACAACAUGGGAAUGGCGCUGAACAGAGACACCUACCAGAAACUCCUCAGAUGCACCGAUGCCUUCUGCACCUACGACGACUAUAACUGGGAUUGGUCGCUGCAGCACCUUACCGUGACCUGUCUGCCCACGUUCCUGAAGGUCAUGGUCAGCGAGGCGCCACGCAUCUUCCACGCCGGAGACUGCGGCAUGCACCACAAGAAGUCGUCGUGCAUGCCAUCCAGCCAGAAGACGAAGAUCGAGAACAUUCUCCAAAGCAGCAGGAACCAGUUAUUCCCCAAACAGCUGCUCAUUACAAAGAGACUCCCAGCUUCCGGAGCCAAAGGAGUGGCUCCGCACGUCAAAAACGGAGGUUGGGGAGACAUCAGGGACCACGAACUCUGCAAGAGCUACCUUCGAUUGCAAUGACUUCGUAUUGUUUUUGUUGUUUUUGCAUCCUCUAAUGAAAGCCUUUAAGAGUUCUUAACGUACUAUUUCUUGCUAUUGCCUGUUUUAUUGAGAUAUUCCAAAUAAAAAAAAAAAGUAUGUGACGUUUGGAUUUGGUGGUUAUGAGCAUCACUGAAGUAUUAUCACUGAAAACAAGUGUUACUGUUGUCAUGUUAUCUAUUAUUAAACAGCAUUUUUGUGCCAUUUCCGAAAAUGACAUUUGUAUGUGUGAUCUGCAAAAGCAUGAACUUUCUCAUGAUUAUGUGUAUAUGUGUGUGUGUAUAUCUACAGAGUGUACUUUUGAUCAUAAUUCCACCUUCUGUUUAUGGUUAUGCUGAAACGACUGGGCUAUUUUUGAUAUGCAGAUGAACUAUUUUCUAUUUGCUUGAAUGUAACUGACCAUUUUCCAGGUGUAAGGUUCUGCUUCAUAUUGAACGUAUUCCAGUAUUCGAAUGGUUUUGAAGCAUUAAAAUUGCAUUGACUGUCUCGCAGUUCUCAUUAGCCCCUUAUAGACGCUUCGUCCCAUUUACACAAGCUUUCAGAUCUGUGGCCUCAAUCUUCACAGAUCUAACAGAGCAUGGGAAAAUAAAGCCUUUGGAGCUAGUGUGUGAUGUUUUAGGAGAACUACAGUUAGUAUAGUAAAUGUAAACAGGGUUGAUCUUACAGUAUAUGCGACUCGAUUCUUCCUUCAUUGUGUGUGGGAUUUUUCACCGGUUUUAUUGUCUCUUUGGUGAAUAUCUGAUCUGAACACUUUUUAAAUGCAUACAUGGGUUCUUACCACAAUCUUUUCAGCUAAUAAUUCAAAGAACUCCACUGAAAUGCAUCCUAUUAAUCAUUAAAUGCUUGUGUUUAAAUGCAGAUCAAUAACACCGAUAGACAUUGUGUGAGCGACGUCAAUGCAACAAUUUGGGUUUUCCAGUCAAAAAUGAUCUCCUUUUAAAGAUUGCCUUUAAAUCUCUCAUUGUAUUAAGUACCCUGCAAUUUUUCCAGUUACUAACAUUGUGCAGAUAUUAAAUCCUUCAGCAUGGU